CGGGCGCUCCACCCGCACAAGAAUAAUCAUACUUUAGUAAUUUUAUUGAUCAAACAAUGUUAUUUAUAUUUGAUGUAUUAAUGAAUAAUCCAAACGAUUCAGUAUUCAAGGUUUUGCACUGAUACUGCGUUUGCCUUCUUCAGUUUGCCAUGGCGACCGUGGUGAUGGAGCAGAUUGGUCGCCUGUUCAUCAAUGCUCAACAGUUGCGUCAGAUUCCUCAGCUGCUCGAGUCGGCCUUCCCUACUCUGCCCUGCACCGUGAAGGCCCAUGAUGUGCCCUGGGUGUUCCGUGAGCCUCACAUCCUUGGAGGCUACAGGCAGCCGGAACACAGCUGGCGCUACUACUUCCUCACCCUCUUCCAGAGGCACAACGAGGCACUGAACGUUUGGACCCACCUGCUCGCCGCCUUUAUCAUCCUGGUCAAGUGCCAGGAGCUGUCUGAGACAGUGGAUUUUCUCCGUGACCCCCACGCCCAGCCCCUGUUUAUUGUCCUCCUCUCAGCCUUCACCUACCUGUCGUGCAGUGCCCUGGCCCACCUGCUCAACGCCAAGUCCGAGCUCUCCCACUACACCUUCUACUUCCUGGACUAUGUGGGCGUGGCCAUCUACCAGUAUGGCAGCGCCCUGGCCCACUUUUACUAUGCCAUCGAGGAGGGCUGGCACACCCGGGUGCGAGGGAUCUUCCUGCCCACCGCAGCGUUCCUAGCCUGGUUCUCGUGCUUCGGCUGCUGCUACGGCAAGUAUGCCAGCCCGAGGCUGCCCAAAUUUGCCCACAAGCUGUUCCAGGUGGUGCCCUCGGGCCUGGCCUACUGCCUGGACAUUAGUCCCGUGCUGCACCGCAUCUACAGCUGCCACCAGCAGGAGGGGGGCUGCUCCAACCAGGCUGUGGCUUACCACCGCUACCAGGUAAUAUUUUUCCUGGUGAGCGCCUACUUCUUUGCCUGCCCCCACCCAGAGCGCUGGCUGCCCGGGCGAUGUGACUUCAUUGGCCAGGGCCACCAGAUCUUCCACGUGUUCCUGGUGCUGUGCACCCUGGUGCAGAUCGAGGCGACACGCAUAGACUACAUUGAGCGGAGGCCCCUCUACGAGCGUCUCCACGGCAACCUGGCCCAUGAUGCAGUGGCGCUCUUCAUCUUCACGGCAUGCUGCAGCGCGCUCACUGCCUUCUACGUGCGGAAACGUGUGCAGGCGCAACUGUGCGAAAAAGAGAAGUAGGAGCUGUCAGGACAGAGGGAGAAAGGAGGAUAAGGGAGAAAGACUAAUCUGAUUUACACUGGAAAGCUAAAAAAAAAGACAAGAGAUUAAAGCAAUUAGACUGUUCAUUUUGUAAAAACAAUGACCUGCUGUUUUAUUUUUUUUAUUUUUUUUGUGGCCUGCCAAAUGACAUGUUAAACUGGCAACAUUAACUGUCUUGUGAUGUUGACCUUCCAGGAAGACAGAAAAAUCCUGGUAGUUUCUGUCUGUCACAUCACAAGCAGUCCCUGUAACACUCCAAAUAACAUCUUUGCACUUCACAGAGAGGGUAAGAUGAAGGUCGGAAUUGAGACUUUUUUAUUGUGUUGAUAAUCCUAUUCAUUUUGCACUCUCUACUGUGAGAUUACAUGUCAUGGCCUGGCUAGCUAGUCUGAAUGACUGUUUGACUACAUACUGUACUGUACAGACUGACCAACACCAGGCAUGACACAGACCAUCUCAAUAGAGGUAUGCAGGAAAGAAUGGAAAGAAUACCCACGUUGCCCUUAAGUGGAUCAUCAAAUAAAUAAUUACAAUAGUUUAAUAAUUUCUCACCAGCUUUUAUUUCUUAAAAGUACAAUGUGAGUUUCAAAGCUAUUUGACUCCCAAGUCAAAUGUUAACGCUUAAUGAAGACCAGUAUUCGUUUUUUUAUUCCUUGGUUAUCUCAUGAUAUUCCAGUGAGCUGCAGUCGACACCUCCAAAUGCUGUCUCCCCUACUCAUUCUCUCUGUUUUAUCUACCAUUUUCUCUGCCCAUUUUCUCCAAAGCUGUGUUUGCUAACUGAUUGAGGUGCCUAUACGUGCUGUCAGAUAUAAUAGACUGGCAGUUAGACUGGGCUAGAGGCAUACAGCGCACAAUUUGCAAACCAAACAGAACAUUUCUCCUCUAAGACACAUACAUUGGCCAUUUUACUAACAUGUGGAUUGAUCAUGUCAAAGAACAAAGCUGGCACUCUUAGGAUAGUUGGCGUAAGAAAUGGAUGGAACUAUGUGCCCAAGAUGACUAUGAUGUCUCUUUGUCGUUGUGAUAAUAUUCCUUUGUAUUCAAAGGGAUGGAACUUCAGCUUUUGCCUUUUCACACCCAAUGAUGUCAAUGCCUUUGUGUGUAUUGUUCAGUCUUUUCAUGGACUUGACUUUACUCACAAAAGGGCUGUCUUAGUACUUAGUAUGGUGACUUACUGUUUGUACAUUUGUAUAUGUAUGGUUGGGUAUGUACAGUUGAAGUCGGAAGUUUACAUAUUCUUAGGUUGCAGUCAUUAAAACUCAUUUUAAAAGACUCCACAAAUUUCUUGUUAACAAACUAUAGUUUUGGCAAGUCGGUUAGGACAUCUACUUUGUGCAUUAAAGUAAUUUUUCCGACAAUUGUUAACAGACAGAUUAUUUAACUAAAAUUCCCUGUAUCAUAAUUCCAGUGGAUCAGAAGUUUACAUACCAAGUUGACUGUGCCUCUAAACAGCUUGGAAAAUUCCAGCUGAAGCUUCUGAUAGGCUAAUUGACAUCAUUUGAGUCAAUUGGAGAUGUACCUGUGGAUGUAUUUCAAGGCCUACCUUCAAACUCAGUGCCUCUUUGCUUGACAUCAUGGGAAAAUCAGAAGAAAUCAGCCAAGACCUCAGAAAACAAAUUGUAGAUCCCCACAAGUCUGGUUCAUCCUUGGCAGCAAUUUCCAAACGCCAGAAGGUACCACGUUCAUCUGUACAAACAAUAGUAUGCAAGUAUAAACACCAUGGGACCACGCAGCCGUCAUACCGCUCAGGAAGGAGACGCAUUCUGUCUCCAGGAGAUAAUGUACUUUGGUGUGAAACGUGCAAAUCAUCCCCAGAACAGCAAAGGACCUUGUGAAUAUUCUGGAUGAAACCGGUACAAAAGUAUCUAUAUCCACAGUAAAACGAGUCCUAUAUCGACAUAACCUGAAAGGCCGCUCAGCAAGAAAGAAGCCACUGCUCCAAAACCGCCAUAAAAAAGCCAGACUACGGUUUGCAACUGCACAUGGGGGCAAAGAACAUGCUUUUUGGAGAAAUGUCUGAUGAAACAAAUAUAGAACGGUUUGGCCAUAAUGACCAUCAUUAUGUUUGGAGGAAAAAGGUUGAAGCUUGCAAGCUGAAGAACACCAUCCCAAUCGUGUAGCACGGGGGUGGCAGCAUCAUGUUGUGGGGGUGCUUUGCUGAUGGAGGGACUAGUGCACUUCACAAAAUAGAUGACAUCAGUCAGGAAGUUGAAGCUUGGUCGCAAACAGGUCUUCCUAAUGGACAAUGACCCCAAGCAUAAUAUCAAAGUUGUGACAAAAUAGCUUAAGGAAAGUCAAAGUAAAGGUAUUGGAGUGGCCAUCACAAAGCCCUGAACUCAAUCUUUUGGAAAAGAACUGAAAAAGCGUAUGCGAGCAAGGAGGCCUACAAACCUGACUCAGUUACAACAGCUCUGUCAGGAGAAAUGGGCCAAAAUUCACCCAACUUAUUGUGGGAAGCUUGUGGAUGGCCACCCCAAAAGUUUGACCCAAGUUAAACAAUUUAAAGGCAAUGCUACCAAAUACUAAUUGAGUGUAUAUAAACUUCUGACCCACUGGGAAUGUGAUGAAAGAAAUAAAAGCUGAAAUAAAUAAUUCUCUCAACUAUGUUAUUCUGACAUUUCACAUUCUUAAAAUAAAGUGGUGAUCUUAACUGACAGGGAAUUUUUACUCUGAUUAAAUGUCAGGAAUAGUGAAAAACUGAGUUUAAAUGUAUUUUGGCUAAGGUGUAUGUAAACUUCCGAGUUAAAAUGUACAUGCCUUGGAGCAUGUCUCUUUGCGUGUAUUGCUUUGCUUGUGUUUGCUUGUGUUUGAUUCAGAUGUGAAUGUGUUUGAAAGCCUGUCUUUGCACUUAUUUCUUAUGUUCAAGACCCCUCUUAAGAACAUUGUAGUCCGUUAACGUCCUCUCGAGUCCCUUAAGGUGACAUUUUAAGUCUGUCACACAUCAUUGAAAGGUGAAAUAAUUGCUCACAAAAGAGCAGGAUUUAUUUUAAAACCUAAUUUUAUGAUGUCCAUGAAACGGUGGCAAUAAUUGUUUAGAGCUAAUGUAAACAAUACAUUUAUUACACAGGUAUUCAAAUCAGGACCCAGAGAGAAAAAUUCCAACACUCAUUUUGGAAGAAAUGCCAUUUAAAAUGUUAAUUUUAGAUUAAUAAGAUAAUGUUGCCCCUAGUGUUCUGUUGUGAAAUGUCUCAUAAAAUUUACGUAAUUUUAUAUGUGCUGAUCAAGUUUGAGGUGGCAUUGAACUUUACAGACCUGAGACCUGGGUUUGGGCUCAGCCAAAGUCACUGAUAAUGUCACCUACAAAGCUUAGGCUAAUAUCUAACAGGUGACGGAAAGGUUAAAGCAUGACUGAUUUACAGGUAACUGCCAAAAUAAAGGAAACACUUAAGUGAAUGAGGGAUGCAAAGUAUAUUGAAAGCAGUUGCUUCCACGCAGAUGUGGUUCUUGAGUUAAUUAAGCAAUGAACACCCCAUCAUACUUCAGGUCAUGUAUAAAAAUUCCCAGUUGCCUGUUAUUUUGGCUACCAUGGCUAGAAGAAGAGAGCUCUGUGACUUUGAAAGAGGAGUCUCAAAGGAGCAUAUGGGGUUUAUUAAAGUAAGUGUGUGUGUGUGUGUGUGUGUGUGUGUGUGCAUGUCAGUCACCAUAUCUCAACCCAAUUGAACACUUAAGGAAGAUUCGAGAGUGGCGCCUGAGACAGCGUUUUCCACCACCACCAACAAAACACCAGAUCAUGGAAUUUCUCAUGGAAGAAUGGUGUCGCAUCCCUCAUAUAGAGUUCCAGAUACAUGUAGAAUUUAUGCCAAGGAGCAUGGACAAUGUUCUGGUGGCUCGUGCUGGCCCAACGCCCUAUUAAGACACUAUGUUAUUUAGGCAGUUCCUUGAAUUUGAAUUGUUAUGGUCUCACUGAUAAAGGGGUUGCAAUGACUAGAAUAAAAUUGUGACCCCUAGUAUCCAAACUACCACUGUAAGCGCCAUUCCUAACACAAACCAACUCUGAAUCAGAUAACGGUUCACCUUGAUACUACUGACUCUCACUAUACUGCACAGAACCUAAGGCAGGGAAUCUUUAAAUCAGCAUUGAUACGGUUCUACCCAGGGUUGCAGGUUACCAUUUUUCGUCAGAAAUCUUGUAGUUUUUCCUGAUCUGAUAACCUAACGAGAUGAAACUCACGAUAAUAGACAGUAUGACGUGAUUAAUCUGUUGCAAAAAGGUUGAAUAUGGGCUCGGAUGGGACCAGAGUUUUUCUUAUCAGGUCACAUGGUUUUAAAAAAACUCCUGAACUUGGGGGAGGGUGAAAACCAUGUCAAACUGCAGCAACCUUGUACUUGUUCAUAUUAAAAUAAAGACUAGGGAGGUUUCCUAUACACAGACAAAGCAACAUGAUUGGACAAUAAAACUCACAGGGCUGAGCUUGUUUUAUGCAGGUUUGCAUUGUGUAGUCCAGCCCUAUGCAACUGUAGGCCGAAUUACACAUUUACUCACAGUCUAUGUAGCUAUUGUGUUUAUUGAUUAAUACGCCCUGCAUAAAUACAUCAAACAAACACAAUGUACAAAAUUACAAAACAUAUUAAGAAAAACAAACAUUACUCUGAACUGGCCAAUGGCCCCAGAAGAUCUCAUUUUAGAGAGCUCUGUAAGUUGUUUCACAUAAACAACUAGAUGCUGUUUUCCAUUGUGCCCUUAGGUUUAUUACUGGUGAUGGUUAUAGAUCUCACCAUUUUGUUUUUUUUAAUAAAAAAUUUGGUUGGAUGUAUGUAACAGAUGAGCAGCAUUUUCUUGUGUUUAUCAACAAAGCACUCGUGCAGAAACUUCCUAUGUAUCUAUCAUCAUUAAUUCAAUUUAGACAUACAAAUUAUCAAACCCGGUCUCAGGCUUGGAUAGCACUGGAGGCCCCUCUGGUCUCCACAGAGUUGGGUAAAGCUGCUUUCGUUUUUUUUGCACCCUUUAUAUGUAAAUGCUGCUGCAUGCAUAUAGAAAAUAUCCCCAUAGUCUAAAAUAGACAUUUAAGUGGCCUGGACAAUUUCCUUCCUUUAACAAAAGUCAGACAUGUGUCAUGACGUUGCCCUCUUUGGGUACAGCAAGCCCCAUCCCCCUCUCCCUGUCUCCUACACACAGGCUGCUGUGGUCAGAGAGAGGUCGUAAAUUCCUGGAGGAUAUUAAUCUCCUCAUGGCCACAGUAUACAGACAGAGUGAAUUUUCAUAGAGAACAAAGGAAUUUCUUCCACUUCACAGAACUUGAGGUCCGAACAACAUUUAUGUUCUGGAGAAGGUAUAACAGAUCGGUGUAGAAUCCAGCUACAAACUGGUCCAUUUGGUACAAUUUGGUGAAAUCAUGGAAGACAAUACGACCACAUUACCAUAACGCUGUUUACAUUGGCCUCAGAUAUGAGGUUUACAUCUAAUUGUUGUAUAAGAUGAAUGAGUGAGGAUGAUACUGUCUGUAAAAUUGUGUAAUGUGAUUUUGGACUGUUUAAUGAAGGAAACUCCAAUUCCCUUUUGAGUUUAACUAAAUCAGAGGACCGCUUAUGAGCCCAGUUAGGGUCUGGCAUACUGGGACAGGCCCUUUUCUGCAACUCCCGGAUAAAACCCCCACUUUGAUAAUUUCUCAACUGACCAUGUUUCCCUCAAUUGCGAGAGGACAAACGUUUGAGUAGAUUGCUGAAUCUUUUAACCAUCCCACGUGGUUAACUCUGAGACUAUCGAUACUGACAGAAUAAGAACAAGUCUUUGAUAUGAAUUACUAGUCUGCAGCUAGGAAUUCGGUAUCAUUGAACACGAAGACCGACAACCGCCGAAACAUCUAUCCAUAACAACCUGAAUGAAUGUCACUCUGAACUAUCCAUUCUAACCACGACAGAGAGGGCGGACAAACUCUCCAACAGAAACUACAUUUUCAACAGAGAUCCCCGACGACACAAUGAACGUAAAUAUAUAUAUAUUGAUUGCAAUUGUUCCAGAAUGAGUGAGCGUUCAUGUGCAAAGGAUGAGCAUUUCAAUUGUUUUGUUAUAAUUAUCAACUGUGUGUUGUCUUAUCUCAGUCGACCCCCACUCCCCUUUUGUACAGCAAGCCGCGAUGCCGGUUUAGCCCACUGGGGCACAUUCCCCUAUCAUUUCUUGUAACCAUAUUUACUUUGUUUGUUUGUGUGUGCACUUCUGUGAUUGUUUAGUUAGUUAAUAAAUAAAUGAUUUAAGACAA